AUGGUAUCAAUUACUCGUGCAGCGAACUGGGAUAAAGUUUUUGAGCAACAAUUUAUUGCAAUUCCACCUUCAGGGGAUGAGGUAGUCUUGUAUCAAACAAGCCAUGAAGAUCCCAGUUUUGAAUCGAAUACAAUCGUUCCCAUUAAUUCGAGAGGCGGGUUUGACAACAUUCAAUGUUCAAGUUACCUGAGUACCAAACAAGGGGUUAUUGGGGUGGGUUCGAUAAAUGGAAAUAUUUCGGUAUUCGACAUUAAUUCCUCAUCAUCUUCAACAUUGCAUUUACAACCAAAACAAAAUAGACCUUGUAAUUCGCUUUCCUUCAGUCAUUCCAAUUUGAUAGCGGCCGGGUUCGACAAAGGGAGACAAGAUAACUCAUUACAGAUUUGGGAUAUCCAGGAAUAUCCCAGAACAGGGGACAUCAAUAGUGAUGCGACAUCUCGACGUCCCGUGCUGUCAUACAUCCCCAACGAGGCAGUUCUAUCCGCUGCGUUCCUUCCUGACAAAGAAGUCAACGUUAUUUGUGGGUCAUACAAGUUUUUAAGAGAAAUUGAUACCAGAGCAGAUCUGCCAAUAUAUCAGAUUGCAACGAAGUGUACUUUGGGAUUGAUGGUUGACCCUUUCCAACCACAUUUGUUCCAGUCAUAUAGUGAGGAUGGAUCAUUGUUUAUUUGGGAUAGAAGAAAACUCACCAGUAACAACCGGAAAUUAAAGGCUUCUUCUGGAAACGUUCUCAUUGAGAACCCAUUACUACAAUUCAACAAGCUAUUAAGUGGGCCCUCCUUCAGGAAGAAUCUUCGUCCUUGUGUGAGGUACUCUGCUGUUCGUAGGGGUGAAUUUUCUGCAAUAUUCAAUGGUGAUCUUAUAAGACGAUGGCACACUGGUGUUGUGCCUCCCAAAAAGGUCACGCCAAAUAGAUUACUUGAGUCUGCCACUUUACAAAGCCUAAUUCAGCAAUCUUCGGUGUUGUACAAAUCAACAGAAGAAUCUUUGUUCGUAUCUAUGGUUCUUGACGUCAAAACAGACUAUGAAAAAGUUGUAUCUUUUGACUAUUCCCCAGAUAUUUUAUCCCAUACGUCAACCAAUUUUGUAUGUAUGAGGCAGUCGGGAUCCGUGUUUAGAAUGCCUGUUGUUGAAUCUAUCGAAGCAUUGGAUUUCAAUCCAUAUAAUGAAUUUUCAAUUGCUGGACCCGAAGGGACAACUACAAAUUUUCUUACACUAGAUGUGUCUGAGGGCAUAGACCACAAUAGAAGAAGAAAACUGUCUCAUCAAUUAAAGAUAGAUGAUUUGUCCAAGGAAGAUAAUUACAGAGGAGGGUAUGAAGAGGAGCGCAACUCGUUGGAAGGUACCUCGGUCACAAUCGAGGACAGUGUUGGUGAUCGAGCCAUCUCAAACGGAAAAAGGUUUUCAUACGAUGAGCAUGAUUCAGAACCCAUUCUCAAUACCUACUUGGAUUCGAACUCCAUUAAUAUAAACGACAUAUGUGUUGUGAUCAGAAAGCGUGCCAGCAUGGGCUAUGGUGUCCUUCCUGACAAGAAUAUAGAAAUUUUGGAGACGCUAGAUCCAAAUGAUAACCAAUUAGCACUUAGACAUGUGUGGAAGUGGUUAAGUUUAGCAAAAAAGUCAUUGGAUAAGGGAACAAUGGUUUCGGAAGGAAUUGAUUUGGGAUACCAAGGAGUUCAAGGUAUUUGGAAUGGAGUCGAUGCGUUAAAUGAUCAGAAUCGAGUCAUUUCAGCUAGAGACAAGAUUAAUGAAGCUUGGUUUGCACAGGCUGUAAAGUCAAUAAUUGCUUCCAAAGGUAAGAAGUUUAUUGGUAUAAAUAUACCAGAGGACAGCGAGAAGAAAGCGCAACGUAAAUUAUGUUUGAUUGUUUCUGGAUGGUACCUUACAGAAAGUGAAUUUGAGGAAAAAAUUCAGCAACUUAUUUCUUUGGGUAUGGUUUCUAAAGCUGCCGGGUGGGCAGUUUUUCAUGGCAAUGUGGCUAAAGCAAUUGACAUAUUGAGCAACUCAAAGAGAGAGAGAUUACGGUUAAUGGCUACAGCUAUAGCAGGGUACUUGGCAUACAAAAACACAAACACAAAUAGUCCGUGGAAAGAUCAGUGCCGUAAAAUGGCGUCAGAGUUGGAUGAUCCAUAUUUGAGAGCAAUAUUUGCUUUUAUUGCUGAUGACGAUUGGUGGGAUGUUUUAGACGAACAUUCUCUUCCAUUGAGAGAACGUGUUGGUGUCGCUAUUAGAUUCUUACCCGAUCGUGAUUUAACUGUUUAUUUGAAUAGAAUUGGCGAUACCGUCGUUCAGAGGGGAGAACUUGAGGGGUUAAUCUUGACAGGAAUCACCCCAAGAGGUAUAGAUUUGUUGCAAAGUUUUGUUGACAGAACCAGCGACGUUCAAACUGCAGCUUUGCUUUCAGCUUUUGCAUGCCCAAGGUAUUUUGCUGAUAAUAGAGUCCGCCAUUGGAUUGAUUGUUACAGAAACCUUUUGAACAGCUGGCGAAUGUUUAGUGUCAGAUCGAAAUUAGAUGUUUCUCGAACAAAGUUGUCAAAAGCUUUUGAUGGGGAAAAGAAGAUCAAGGCUACACCCAAACAGGUGUACCUUCAAUGCAACCGCUGCAAUAAAAAUAUAUCAAAGGGAUACAAUAAUAUGAAUAAUCAGAAUUUGUUGAAGCAGUUUUCCAAAUCAGGUAUGAAGAAAAGCACGCUAUUAAACGCAUGUCCUCAUUGCGGUGCACCAUUGCCCCGAUGCUCCAUAUGUAUGCUAUCACUUGGCUCUGAAAUUCCAUUGGAUCAUAAGUUAACCAACUCGGUUCAUGAGGAAAUUGACAAUAAAUUUAAAAACUGGUUUAGUUUUUGUUUGAGUUGUAAUCAUUGUUAUCAUGCCCAUCAUGCUGAAGAGUGGUUUUCAACACAUAGUAUAUGUCCAGUACCCGAUUGUGAUUGUCAAUGUAAUAAUAAAUAG